CUGGGUAACAGCUGCCCUCCUCUGGGCUGGGUACCUGCUCUCCCGAGUUUGUGUCCUGGGGCUGUGUGCUCAGACUUGACCAUGUUUGGGCAUGGAGGCUCGUCUCAGAUGGGAACCAAAGGCCGCUUCCCCAGAGACGGACUGGGAGCCCAAACUUCCUGCUGGAGCUCAGGCGGCCUCUUUUGGGGUGGGGGCUGGGGGCCAGGCAGAAAAGUGUCUGCCGAAGACUCACAGGGCACCGGGGAGACUAAAUGACUGCGGUCCCUUGUGGACAUGGGGAAGAAGUUGGUGAUGGCCCAGAAGCGGGGAGAGACCCGAGCCCUUUGCCUGGGUGUGGCCAUGGUGGCGUGCGCCGUCAUCACCUACUACAUCCUCGGCACGACCAUGCUGCCCCUCUACCAGAAAAGCGUGUGGACCCAGGAAUCCAUGUGUCACCUGAUUGAGACCAACAUCAGGGACCAGGAGGAGCUGGAGGGCAAGAGGGUGCCCCAGUACCCGUGCCUGUGGGUCAACGUGUCAUCCGUGGGCCGGUGGGCCGUGCUGUACCACACGGAGGACACUCGGGACCGGAACCAGCAGUGCUCCUACAUCCCAGGCAGCCUGGACAACUACCAGAUGGCCCGGGCCGAUGUGGAGAAGGUUAGAGCCAAACUCCACGAGCGCCAGGUUUUCGACUGCUUCUCCACGACUCGGGAGAACGAGACGAGUGUCCUGUAUCAGCGCCUCUACGGUCCCCAGACCCUCCUCUUCUCCCUCUUCUGGCCCACCUUCCUGCUGACCGGUGGCCUCCUCAUUAUCGUCAUGGUGAAGAUCAACCAGUCCCUCUCCAUCCUGGCAGCCCAGAAGUAGCCCUAUCCACACCACAUCACUGCUCGGGCCACCAGGAACUGGAUGGGUCCCCGGGCAGCUCCUCACUUGUGUCCCCAUGCCUCCUCCCCCUGCCUUCCCACUCUCCCCCCUCCAAUACAUUCUGUCUUCUGCUGCAUGGAAGGUCUUUGGGAAAUCUCUUUGUUAAGUCAUUUCCUGCUCAAGAAUGUACAAUGGCUUCCCCGGACCCAGGAGAAUGCAAGGCCAACCAGUGAUAGCUCUCCUUUCCCUGUCCCCACUCAACUGACUCAAACUUCUUUCCUGCUGUGCCACUGUCCACUGCACUGAUGGCAGUGAUUCUGACUUCUGUGCCUGUGUCCUGGCAGUUGGAGCAAAGACCUGCUGGUCCCACCCAGGAAGCCAUCCCUGGGAAACCUCUGUUCCUUCUCUGAAUUCCACUCUGAAAACAACAGCAGCCCUCAUGGACAGAGUACACUUAGAACAUCGUUUGUUUUCAGGAUUCUCAGAGCUAUACACAUUUUUAUACCAAUAGUAACAAAUAUAGGUACAAACAUCUGGUCUUAAAGCCAUGGGGAUAUAACGUACAGCGCGGUGACCAUUGUUAAUAAUACUUUAUUGCGUAUUUGAAAGUUGCUGAGAGAGUAGAUCUUAAAAGCUCUCAUCACGGGAAAAAAAAUUGUCCCUGUGGGGAGAUGGAUAUUAACUAGGCUUAUUGUGGUGAUGAUUUUGCAAUACAUACUACAGAUAUCGAAUCAUUAUGUUACACGCUUGAAAACUAAUAUAAUCUUAUAUAUCAAUUAUACCUCAACUUUAAAAAACCAAAUAUAUAAAAAAUAACAAGACACUAUAGGGAAAUAAUACUAAAAU